GUCACGUGACAGAGGUGAUGGUUACUUUGCGGCUGGUGAUGUGACAAGGCAAGCCUGCAGCCACUAGCAGUGGUUAGCGAGUUUGUUGACUUUUACAUUUAUUCAUUCUUUCUCAGAAACAGACAGAUUGCCUGAAAAUGGAUAACAGCGGAAAAGAAAAGGAAGCAAAUGCUUUGAUGGCCGAGGCUGAAAAGAAAAUGAAAUCGUCUCAGUCAUUUUUUGGAGCGUUGUUUGGUGGCUCCUCAAAGCUGGAAGAAGCCUGUGACAUGUUGGUGAGGGCAGCUAACAUGUACAAAAUGGCCAAGAAUUGGUGUGCUGCAGGAAAUGCAUUCUCCCAAGCUGCUCACCUUCACCUGCAGAUGCAGAGCAAACAUGAUGCAGCAACCAACUUCAUAGAUGCUGGAAAUGCCUUCAAAAAAGCAGAUCCACAAGAGGCAAUUAACUGCCUAAACCGAGCUAUUGAGAUUUACACGGAUAUGGGGCGUUUCACCAUUGCAGCCAAACACCAUAUCAGCAUUGCUGAAAUAUAUGAAACAGAGCUUGUGGACGUUGACAAGGCCAUUGCUCAUUAUGAACAGGCAGCAGAUUACUACAGAGGUGAAGAAUCCACCAGUUCAGCAAACAAGUGCCUUCUGAAAGUAGCAACCUACGCAGCUCAGCUGGAGCAGUACCAAAAAGCUAUUGAGAUCUACGAACAGGUUGGAACCCAUGCAAUGGACAGUACGCUCCUGAAAUACAGUGCCAAGGAUCACUUUUUCAAAGCUGCGCUUUGUCACUUUUGCGUAGACCAUCUUAAUGCAAAAGUGAAGGAAUUUGACACCAUUUCUCGGUUGGACCAGUGGCUCACCACCAUGCUUCUCCGUAUCAAGAAAACCAUACAGGAUGAGGAGAGUGACCUUCGCUGACUUGCCUCUCCUGUUAUUCUUUAAGCCCUAAAAAAAUGACUUGCAUCCUUGUUUUUUUGCCUUGAGCCUCUCACUUCCAUUUAGCAGCAUUGUUAAUUGUUUGACCAUUAGCCCUUGUAUUCACAGAUACCAUUUCUUUCCUGCAGUAUUCUCUCAAAUUCAAUACAGUACUCCAGAAAUGAUGGUCCUUUUAGGUAUGAACACUACCCUUCUGAGUGCAGGCUUCACACAGUAUGUAAAUUGUAUAUUAUUAUGAAUCAGGUAUUGGCCCAGAAAUAGUUCAGCUGUUCAUAAUUGGGCUGCAAUACCAAAAACUCAUACCAGCACAAUUGUAUAAUAAAGGUUUUAUUUUUAUCUUCAUUUCAAUGAGAACAAAUGAGAGGACACAAACUCACUAACACUUCAAGCAACUAUAUAUAUCUAUAUAUAUAUAUUUCUAAAAUGUGCUUUAGAAUAAACUAACCAAAAUGCCAAUAUUGAUAAAGGCACUCAAAUUUGCUUUUGUGAUUUUGAAUGCAUAUGUGUACUAUUUUGACAAAGGAGAGCGCCUCUAAUUAAACAGUGCUUGAUCUCAGCUGCAGAGGCCAAGAGUGUCUGUCUGAGGUUUUUCCAUUGAAUAUAUACCCCCUCUGCCUUAUGAUGCAAAUUUCUCAGGAUUUGGACUUGAUUUGAGGAAGAUUUAUGAAACAUGCUUUUAUAAGCAUAAGUAAUUAAUUUGCUAAUUGUUGUCAUCACUUCCAUUAAAAGUGCUUUUAUUCCAUAAAAGGUGAUGGAUGCCCUUCACCUCUGUGAACAUUUGCAUGGUUUGGAAUACAUGAGAAAUGUAAAACAGCUGUUUUCCAUCUGUGUAAGAGUGUAAGUGUGUGUGUGUGUUUUGUUUUCCUUUCUUAAUCUUUGACUUGUGUUUUCUUGUCUUAAGUAACCAGGCUGAAAAAAUAAAGUUUUUAACGCCUGCAGAGAUGCAAUACAUAAUUGGGGAAAAAAAAGAGCUUUACUGAUCUGAACACUGUGCUCAUGUACCCUGAUGAUUUUGUCAGUGAACAAUUCGUCUUAAAUAAUUUGUGAUGUUUCCUGUCAAACGUUUAAAUAAACCUGUCUCAAUAGCG